UCGUCUGAGCAGGGCUCACGUCUCUGCUCCGAACGCUCGCUCUUUCCACAGCACGUUGUCUGUGCGGCCUCGACUUCCUUUUCUGUGCAGAUUUCAUGGCGAGUGAUAGCGGGGAAGAGUUGAUUCACCUACCGUGACCACAGCGAGCCGCGCACCAGCCUCCAGAGACGCUUUCUUCAGCUGCCAUUGUAAAGACCGUGACGUCAGCGGAGUAGUCGAUUGGCUUCGACGUCAUCAGGUGUUUCCAGGAUUUGGGCGGCUUCCGGACCGAACUCUGUGCUGCGCCCCCCCCUCCUCUUUCGUCGUGUUGUGGCCGUAGCUGGUCUUGCCGAAGAACUUCCAGUCGAUGGCUCUGAUGGACAAACACAAAGUGAAGCGGCAGAGACUGGACCGCAUCUGUGAAGGCAUUCGACCACCCAUCCUCAAUGGCCCCAUGCACCCUCGUCCUCUGGUGGCGCUGCUGGACGGUCGGGACUGUACGGUGGAGAUGCCCAUCCUGAAGGACGUGGCCACCGUGGCCUUCUGUGACGCCCAGUCCACCCAGGAGAUCCACGAGAAGGUCUUAAAUGAGGCUGUCGCAGCUUUGCUCUACCACACCAUCACGCUCUCGCGAGACGACCUGGACAAGUUCAAAGGGCUUCGAGUCAUCGUGAGGAUUGGCAGCGGAUUUGACAAUGUCGAUAUCAAAGCUGCAGCAGAGCUGGGUAUAGCGGUGUGUAACGUGCCAGCCGCGUCUGUGGAGGAGACGGCAGACACCGCCAUGUGUCUGAUUCUGAAUCUGUACCGCCGAGUCACCUGGAUGCACCAGGCUCUGCGCGAGGGCACCCGUGCCUCCAGCGUUGAGCAGAUCCGGGAGGUGGCCGGAGGUGCGGCGCGUAUACGAGGGGAAACGCUCGGCAUCAUUGGACUGGGACGUAUUGGCCAGGCAGUUGCUCUGAGGGCAAAGGCCUUUGGGUUUGGGGUGAUUUUCUAUGACCCGUAUCUGCCGGAUGGGGUGGAGCGAUCACUAGGGCUCCAGCGCAUGGCGACGCUACAGGACCUGCUCAUCCACUCAGACUGCGUGUCGCUACACUGCAGCCUCAACGAGCACAACCACCACCUCAUUAACGACUUCACCAUCAAACAGAUGCGUCAGGGCGCCUUCCUCGUGAACACGGCGCGUGGAGGUCUGGUGGAUGAGAAGGCUCUGGCCCAGGCUCUGAAAGAGGGCAGGAUACGGGGAGCAGCCCUGGACGUCCAUGAGACAGAGCCCUUCAGUUUCUCACAGGGACCGUUGAAGGACGCCCCAAAUCUUAUCUGUACCCCACACACAUCCUGGUACAGUGAACAGGCCUCCAUUGAGGCCAGAGAAGAGGCGGCGCGGGAGGUGCGCAGAGCUAUCACAGGUCGUAUCCCAGACAGUCUGAAGAACUGCGUGAAUAAGGAGUAUUUGAUGGCAGCCUCUCAGUGGCCGUCUAUGGAGGCCACCACCGUUCACUCUGAACUCAAUGGCGCCGCAGCCUAUAGGUUCCCUGCGGGGCUGAUUGGCGUAGCAGCGGGCGGGCUGCCUGGAGCUGGGGCAGGAGUGGAGGGCAUUGUGGCAGGAUCUCUGCCUCUGGCCCACGGCAGCCCGGUCUCACACCCGCCUCAUACCCCCUCGCCCGGGCAGCCCUCCAAGGCCGAGGCGGACAGAGACAUCCCUUCCGACCAAUAGCAUCCCAGCACAUUCCAUCUUUGCCCUGAUCGAUGCCCUUUCACCUCACCCGGGGGGGGACUGACGCCCCUGCUUUCGAUGUGACCUCGGGUCACCCCAGUCCAACAGAACACGUGUACAAACCCAGGAGUGAAACCCUGUACCCCGAAAGUACCCCUCAUUUCCACUCGCUGUCUCCUCUGUUGUUCACUUUGGCAGAAAGCAAUAACUUCUCUCAAGGAUUCAAUAAUUGGGUUGAUACACACACUAUUUCUAAACUACGAAAUCCCAGUUCCUUUGCUCUGUGUCUACUCUGGACUAGUUGGAGUUUGUUUCCGGGUAGUGUUUCUUACAUUUCUGUUCUUUUCUUAUCUGUUUUAACAGCGUGGAAAUAAACGCAUGGACCUUGUUUUCUUUUCUUCGUCCCCUGCCCAUCCUCCUCCUCCUCGCAUACAUUUGUAAAACCUUCUCAACCUGUCCCAUCUUAGCAAACGUUUGAUCAUCAAAACAAAGCAACAGCUGGCUAACGUCUUUGAUUAAAUUCGGCAGCCAUCAGCGAUUAUUUCACAGCUGGUGUUCAAUAACGGAGAUCAAGGCUAAUGGUUGUGGCCCGUGGCUAAGAGUAACAGUCCAUGGGAAGAGCUCAGAUGUUUCGCGUUCCUCUCACUCUCUCUUCAUGUGGAAGGCAUCUUCUAGAUUUAUCCAUCCUCUCUCUCUCUCUGUUUCUCUUUAUUUUUGCAGAAUGCAAGAGCUUGACCCCCAGAGCUGUUGGGGGUUUGGUCAUGUGCUCCACUUUUUAAGUCACAAGAUUUACAGCGCCCGUAACGCCUGAGGUCUGCACAACAGUGUCAUUGAAAACGCAUACGUGAGAUUCCAUAGUCUCGUGAUGGCCGACUUGAUUUUUUUUUUUUUUUUUUUUUUUUUUUUUUGUGAGCUGCUUGUGAACGAUAAUGACGACGUUAGGAGAUUGCUCAUAGGCAGCCGUUUUCAAAAAUGGGAAAAUUUCAAACAAAGCCAUAUUCAUAGUGUAUAACAUCGCUAACUUGAGACAUAUCUGCAAAGAUUUGACACCCUAAACCUACCCUUAAAAAAAAAGAUGCUCUUUUUACAAUUCUCAUACUGAGAUCCACCAUAGCUAAGCUGAUAACAUUGGCACCUUUUUGUGUAUUCGUAGCCGUUUGAAGAAUAUAUGCCUUGUUUUCCAUAUCUUGUCUCUGUCCUGGAUUUAUCUCUUGCUGUACUUCCUCCUUGUGCCUCCUUUUUCCGAUUAGGCCUUCUUCUCUUUGUGACGCGGCGAGGCACGCUCGUCCUCCAUCAGUUCCCAUGAAAUCACUGUGUAGCGCAUCCGCCCGUCUGCCCCGCCCUUCCUCCUUCCCACAAGGCACUUAAACUCUUAACACACACUCACACAAUUUCAUGCAGGCCUGACCAACUGAGCUUCAUCCACCUUUUUGUGAGGAAGUCCUGGUGCUCCGGAGGCUGCAGUAGCGUUGAAGGCCAGCAGGUGGCGACAAGUCGCUUCCCCCUCAGGUUCACGGCUGAUGAAUCCAUCCCCGCUCAGCCGACGCUUGCGCAGAGAGCCUCUCGUGAAGGUUUAAACUCAGACCUGUUGCGGGCCGCACCAUCUGUCGACACGCACUUCCAGAUACUCAGGAUGGGUGAUGUGGCGGCUCUGCGCCGCGCCGAAUUAGAGCAGGUCAUAUACCCCGAGCUUGACAUUUUCACAGGCGUCUUCUAUGAUAUCGGCCUUCGUUUUCUCUGCGUUUUCACCAUUUAGAGCACAGAAGAUAAGGUGGAAAGAAUGUAAAAGCUAGGUCACUGGAACGCUGGUUGCUUUCCAAAGAAGGUAGGAGAGUGUCUCGGGAAAGCGUUCUGUCUGAAGAGAAAGGCCUUUCUAGUACCUCAGUAACAGAUAUUGAAUGUAUGCUCAACUUUCUCGCUUUGUACAGCUUUUUUAGAUCAUAGGUUCCUAUUUCUGAGGGGGUGUGUAUGCGUCAGCAUGUAUGUGACUGUGUGUGACUGCUUAUCCAGUGCGUCAGUUAUUCGCAAAUGACAAAAUAAAGCGUUUUUUUUUUCUUUCUUUUUUUUUUCCCCCUCCAAGCAUAGGAUGUCUAUUAUAUUGUUUCAUUAGCCGUAGUUUGAAUCUCAGGCUUUAGCUUUAGGAAGUUCUUGAUCUGUUUUUUUUUUUUUUUUUUUUUUGGUUUGUUUUUUGUUUGUUUUUUUUUUUCUUCUGUAUAAAGGAGCACAGUUUCACGUCUUCAUCGAGAUGUAUGCUAAUCAAUGGAGGAGGUUUGAAGCUACGCGAUUGAGGAUGCGUUCUUGAUAGCCGAUGUUGUCGUAAGUGUCCCAAAUCCUCAAUCCCUAACGGAUUCGUGCAUGAUAACGAGAUGGUCAGGCCCCUCCCCCCUCGCUUCCCAUUGGCCAACGUUUUGAUGUUGAAUUUUGAGUGACGUGCAGCUUUUCCUAGACUGAAGUGAUGCCCUUUAUUCUCGUCAAGACUUUAUAGCUGCUCUGUAAAGUACUACAGCGUUUUUGAAUUUCUCGAGUUUCUUCUAGCAUUAUCGUGGUGUUUCUUUGCCGUCAGCAUCAUCCAGCUUCGAUAUGAGAUGUGCACUAUGUGUUUAAAAACCAAGAAAUGAGACGUUUCGAUCUAGUUUGUGUCAUUCAGUGUUCAACAUGUUGUAUUGAAACAUUUCAAGAUGAGUCUCGUUCCAUCCUUUCGCCCUCGGCACCCUCGUCGUCCUGCAGUCCCCUCGCUGCCUUAAUGUCGUAGAUUGCGGUGAAAUUUUUUUGUUUUUUUAGUUUCUCCCCGACCUCUCCUCUUUUUAACCUCCCCCCCGACCCCCCCAUCCCGCAAACACACAUGCAAGAGAGAGGAGGCUGUUUUCUUUAGCCAUAUGUUGCUCUGCGUGCUCAAUGCAUAUUUCUGGAGAACACAAAUGGCUUUGACUUUGAGGUGUGAAAUUUUCAGGCACUAUGAAAGACCCUUUCAGGAGCCGCCGAUGUGGUUAGAUCUAGUCCGUGAAGGGAGGCUGGAGAGGACAGAUAUGGACUCGCAGCAGUCGGUUUCUCUCUCAGGGUUCUAAUACACACAUAUCCUACAGCCGCCAGUUACACUCUUCCUCCAUCCCAAUGAAGAUCACGUUGUAGGUCUCCAGAGCUCUCCUACACAGUCCAUCUUUCAGCAGUGAGUGUCCUUCUGUGAUAUUUUUUCCUUUCUAUCGCUCUUUUCUCCUUACUUUUUGCGUAUUUGUCACACUGACACCUAACAACAGAAGAAUGAAUGUUUUAAUAGAACUGCGUGUAACGUUAAAGUUGGGAAAUGUAUUUUUACAACAUGUGAACUUUUUAUUCCUUUCUCUUACCUUCUUUUUGUUGUGAAUUGAUUUUUUUUUUCCUCUCCCCAUCACCAGACUGCAAAAAAAAAAAAAAAGUAAAAACCACAAAAAAAAAAAUCCUGUACCUAGGCUCUUAAGCUUUACUUUUGUUUUUGUUUACUUUUUUAUUAGAAAACAAUCAUGUUUGUGAUGGUAACCUGAUGGUAAAUUCCACAAGGUAUUUUAAUAAAAUCCUAAAGAUUAAA